AUGUCUCCUAAAACAGUCGUCGUCGUAGGUGCUACUGGCUUACAGGGAGGAUCCGUCGUUGAAGAGUUUCUCAAGUAUCCCAACGAGUAUCGUAUCAAGGGUCUUACGCGUGAUGCCUCCAAGCCCGCUGCUUUGCAACUCUCUGCAAAAGGGGUGGAUGUCCAAGCUGUAGACCUCAACGACGGCCCUAAGGCACUGGAAAAGAUCUUUGCCGAAGCAAGCAUCAUCUUUGCCCUGACUGAUUUCUGGGCUUCGAGAUCCAAAGUCAUCGAGAUCGCCCAGGGUAAGGCCUUGGCCGAUGCUGCUGCCAAGAUCCCGACGCUAGAGCACUUUGUCUGGAGCGCUCUCCCUGAUCCGAUGGAGCUUUCCCAGGGAAGAUUCUACCAUGUCCACCAUUGGAAGAGCAAGGCAGACGUGACGGAGUACAUCAAGGAGCAGAAGCACGAGCUUUGGAAGAAGACGACGACGGUUCUGUUCCCCAACUACUUUGAAAACUGCUUGACUGACCCUCGGGGGUAUUUGCCACAAAAGAUUUCCGGUAAGCUUGUGCGCGAGUUUCCAGUCGGCCUCGGCACAAUUUUGCCAAACGUAGCCAUCACCGACACGGGUAGGCUCGUCCGUACCGUCGUGAAGAACCCAAAGACCUACUUUGGAAAGUCCAUCGCGUUUUAUGCCCAGGCGAUAUCGGAGGGCGAAAAGCUUGUCACACUGGCAAAGGGUACGUUUCAUGGGUCGUUGGAGGCAGAGCGUGGAGCUAAUGAGAAAUGGUCAGUAAUUGGAAUUCCCUUUGAGUACCGGAAAUCAACCCCGGAGCAGUUCCAAAGACGGCUUGAGAGUGUUGGCAUGUCUCCUGAGUCCGCUCUGGACUUUACGGAACAACUUUUGAUUUUCGAGUACUUUGGACAGGUUUAUGCAAGCCAUGAUUACAUUCAGGCGCAUGAAAUUCCCGGUCUAUCGUUGAAGACGUGGGACGAGUUUGUCCUCGAGAACAAGGAAGAGUUGAUAGCCAAGAUUGAAUCAGGCGAGGGUCCAUCUCGAUGGGGUCAUUAA